UAGCAUUCACUAAUUCUUUUAUAGAAUAAAAAAUAUAUAGUAUAUAUAGAAAAUAUAAAACAUAUAUGGCGGACGGAGAGGAAACAUUGCAACAGAAACAUAAAAGAGAACAAAAAGAAUUACAAGCAAAAAUUCAAAACCUCAAACACAGUGUGCCAAAAGGUGACAAGAAAAAGAAAAAGCAGAUUGCGAUUGAUAUAGCAAAGUUAGAAGGUGAACUUGAUGAAAAACAAAGCAGGGAAUUAAAAGAAGCAGAGACUACUACAACGGGUCAUUCGCAGAUCAUAGAUGGUGUGUCAUCAAUCACUGUUGCAGAUGGAGACGUAGAAAACACUGGUGAUCAACCAAAGAAAAUUUCGAAAGCUCAGAAGAGAAGGGAGAAAAAAGAGGCUGAAGAAAGAGCACGCCAACAACGCCUCGAAGAAGGAGAGAAAGAAGCUCUUCAUCAUUCACGAAAUGUCGAAGCAAAGUUAUUCGACGAACUUCUCACAAAAAAAGGCUUGAAAAUCGUUGAGGUCACACCGGAUGGCAAUUGCCUGUAUAAGUCAGUUAUCAUGCAGCUAGGUGACUCAUCUGAGAGUAGAUUAUCGCAGCUGCGUGAGGAAACAUCGACAUACAUGAUGCAACAUAUGCAUGAUUUUCUACCUUUCACAACAAAUACUCAAACUGGAGAAAUGUUCACCUCAGAUGAAUAUGAAAAAUAUUGCAGUGAUAUUAAAGAAACAAACUCAUGGGGCGGACAACUAGAGCUAAAAGCGAUUUCACAAGUAUUACAAUAUCCGAUUGAAGUGUAUCAAGCUUCAACGCCGACUGUUCAUAUUGGUGAAGAAUUCGAGCGACAACCUCUUCGUUUGUCAUACCAUCGUCACCAGUAUGGUUUGGGAGAACAUUACAAUGCUGUAUUUCCGGACACGUGAUCAAAAAAAAGUCUACCAAUAAGAGCAAUACAAGAGCAGACAUGUACCCAAGCGUCAAUAACAAGACUGGAAUUUCUUGGACAUCAAAUCCAAGUUGAGUAGAAGAAUUAGAACAUAAAUCACGUGACACUAUGUAAACGAUAUUUGUUGUAAACAUCAUCACCAAGGGAAAA